GCCGUGCUAGAUAGGGAAGUGUCAAAAAGCCGAAACGGCUAGUCGCUGUGAGGACUGGUUAAGUGUAUUAAAAACAUACACGUACGGUGGUGAGGCGAUCUCUUUUGGUUAUUGAUAUUAUCCAAGUUUAUAGGCUCAGGUUACUAUGGCAGUGAGUGCCGUUCACCUGGAGUCGGACGCCUUUUUGGUGUGUAUGAAUCACGCGCUAAGCACCGAAAAGGAAGAAGUGAUGGGACUUUGCAUUGGAGAGGUGGACACAAAUCGUAUCGUCCACAUUCACUCUGUGAUUAUAUUACGGCGCUCGGACAAGAGGAAGGAUCGUGUGGAAAUCUCACCGGAGCAACUAUCCGCUGCCUCCACUGAAGCAGAGAGGUUGGCUGAGAUGACGGGACGUCCCAUGAGGGUUGUGGGGUGGUACCACUCGCACCCCCACAUCACCGUGUGGCCGUCACAUGUUGAUGUGAGGACUCAGGCGAUGUACCAAAUGAUGGAUCAAGGUUUUGUAGGGCUGAUUUUCUCUUGCUUCAUAGAGGAUAAAAACACAAAGACAGGCAGAGUCCUUUACACCUGCUUCCAGUCUGUACAAGCGCAGAAAGGUUCAGAGUAUGAGAGAAUCGAGAUUCCGAUCCACGUGGUCCCACACGAAGCCAUAGGAAAAGUAUGCCUGGAAUCUGCGGUGGAACUACCCAGAAUCCUCUGCCAGGAGGAACAGGACACCUACCGACGGAUUCACAGCCUCACUCACCUGGAUCCGAUUACGAAGAUUCACAACGGCUCAGUCUUCACCAAGAACCUGUGCAGCCAGAUGUCAGCUGUCAGCGGCCCCCUGCUUCAGUGGCUGGAGGACCGUCUGGAGCAGAACAAGCAGAGCAUCUCUGAGCUGCAGAGCCAGAAAGAGCGCUUAAUGCAAGAACUGGCCACCAUGUGAGGGGCGGGCCCGCAGGCCACGCCCUCCCUCUCCACACCCUCAGGAUUCUGACUGGGCCAGACUUCUCCAUGCCCCGCCUUUGUCCUAAUAAGGCAUCGUGGCUCCACCCCCUUAGAAAUGUUCUUGUAAUUCCCCUCCUUUCCCCACUGACUCCACCCCCACCAUCCAUUACGUUGUUCCACAAGGCACCCCUGGUACUCCAGCCAAGACAGCCGGCUGAUAAUCUGAAAGAGCGGGGAGAUGGAGCAAUAUGAGGUGCUUUUGUGUCUGGAAAGGGUCUAGUGGCUUCUCGUAGAUGAUGUGAUUUUGAGGUUUAUGGUUGCCUCCUCAGAUGUGCUGACUGUGUUCCUCAGCCUGUGCAGAUAACAGAAAACUGUGGAAAUUUCUUCUGGAACCAGCGCAUUAUUUCGACACUGGGUGACAUGUGAUUUAAGUCACUGAAUGUAUUUAUAUUAUUUACAUAGCGAUCUGUAAUGUUUUGGUUGUUACUUAAACUGUUUCUUGCCCGAAUGUGAUUACAGUGCUUUGAAUCUCUUUGUUGAAAAAUCAGUUUUUGUUUGCAAUGUAAGUGCUGCCUGGCUGUUUCUCAUGAUCCAGGGUGGAUUGGAUGUAGCUUGGGGGAAUCAAAGCACAAGGUCAGCCAAGAUGUAGCACCCCUGGAGCUGGGGGUUAAGGCCCUUGAGUAGGCGUCCAAUGAGAGCCUCAGUUAGUCAGCUGGCCCUGGGAUUCAAACUGGUGACCUUCCGAUCAUGGACAUAGCAGCUUAUCUUGCUGAUCCACACAUCACCCCUUAACACAGGGGUGUCAAACUCCUGUCCUGGGGGGCCGGAGCCCUAUGUAGCUUAGUUCUUUCCCUGGUCCCCCACAAAUGAUUCGGCUAUUCGGAUAUUUAUUGAAUAUUUCGAACAACUGAAAUCAGAGCUCAAAUCGCUUGAAAUGAAAACGUCUAAUGAAAAAGGUCACAUAAUAGUUUUAACGUAAAAGGCAAGUUCCCAAAAGAAGUAGGAAACGAAUAGUUUGCAUUUCUUGCAAACAAAAUAAACCGUUUAUAGCGAUCACGUCUGUCUGGGUGAAAUUGUUCGCUAUAAGCGGAUGAUCGUUAUAACUGAUUUUUUUGUCUCAGGCAAAUUACCAUCUGAUUGACAUUUGUAUAUUUAUUACACAAAUAUAAGGUAAUAAAAUGUGCAGCUUUGCUA